GCAUCUCAUGGCUGUUUUUUGUUUUGUUUUUACCUUUGCAGGAUCCCUCUGUGACCCAGCUGACCAAUGCUCCGCAAGGUGGCCUGGCUGAAUUCAACCCCUUCUCAGAGACAAAUGCGGCGACAACAGUUCCUGUCCCACAGCUCCCUGGGCCCUCGCAGCCAGCGGUUCUCCAGCCCUCGGUGGAACCAACCCAGCCAACCCCCCAGCUCCUGCUUAGACAGGCUAGCAAGUUCCUGCCUACCAGAUUCCUGGCAGUGAGUGAGCUCUCAGAGAGGCAGAUGCUACUAGGAGGAGAUAGUAUUCUCAGAGACAGCUACAUGCGAAAGCUUCCGAAGGCCGUGGCCUCCGCAGCACAGGCGAGCCUGCUCCGGCAGCAGGAAGAACUGGACAGGAAAGCAGCCGAGCUAGAGCGCAAGGAGCGGGAGCUGCAGAACACAGCGGCCAACUUACACGUGAGAGAGAACAACUGGCCACCCCUGCCCUUCUGGUGCCCCGUCAAGCCCUGCUUCUACCAGGAUUUCUCAGUAGAGAUCCCUGCCGACUACCAGCGGAUAUGCAAGAUGCUCUACUAUCUCUGGAUGUUGCAUUCGGUGACUCUGUUUCUGAACCUGCUUGCCUGCCUGGCCUGGUUCUUAGUCGACAGCACCAAGGGAGUGGACUUUGGCCUUUCGAUCCUGUGGUUUAUCAUCUUCACCCCCUGUGCCUUCCUUUGUUGGUACCGACCCAUCUAUAAGGCCUUCAGGUCCGACAACUCUUUCAGCUUCUUCGUGUUCUUCUUCAUAUUUUUUUGUCAAAUAGGGAUCUAUAUCAUCCAGCUGGUUGGCAUCCCUGGCCUGGGGGACAGGUGAGACCUGGGCAGCAUGAAGGGAUGAUGCUUUGGAGGCAGCCUGGCCUCUCUCGCCCUGUCUCCUCGCUCCCACAGAGCCCUCCCGAGGACCCAUCCUCCGCCCUGGCCGGGAAGGUGGGGGGCGGGCUGGCUGGCGUCCUCCUCUGUGCCCCUCCAGUUCUUCACCAGUCACCACUCACUGCCUCGCCUGUUCACCACUUUCUGGGGUGUUGUGGGUGGACUUGCCCUGAACCCUUAGGCUGCCAGGGCUACAUCCCAUGGAGGCUUGCAUCCUCUUCCUUUGCCCUGCUGUGCCCUCCCAGAGGCUGGUGCUGCUUCUACAGGCCACAGGCGAGCCCUUGGGUUUGGGCAGCUGCCGACAGAGGCCCUGGCCUUUUGCAGACUCUGUGCUGUGACUUUGUCCAGAGGCCCUGUAAUGUCAGGAUGAAGCCCUAGCCUCUCCUUCUUGCUUUGAGCAUAGAGCUGGCUUGAGUUUCCUGGGUGCUGGAGUCCUCAGCUCAAAAUUAGCCUCAAAAAGAAAAGCUGCCGGCUGAUGUUUUCCUUUCUGCCCCAGUACACAGGGAGCAUUACAGAAAGGUCAGACUGCCGCUUGGCUGAGAGCCCGAGCCUGGAAGGGCUGCACUACUUUGGUCCCUUCCCCCCAGUGGAACUGGCAAAUGCAGGGCGGAGGGAGGGGGCUGACUCACCUUGCGCUCCGAGCGUGCCCACUGCCCUCCUGCCACCCCUCAUCCGUCUCGCCCUGCUGUUUCUGGGCUGGCUCCUUUCUCUUUGAAAAUGUCAUCACUCACUACCCUCAGUGAGAUCCCGGAAGACAGCCUAUGGCCUAAGUGCUC